GUAUUAAGAAGGAUUCGGAACAUUAUGAUAGGUAUCAAUACGUAUCGGUUCUGUUUGUGUAUGCAGUAUUGAGCAUUCAAGAAUUCGCAUGUGCUGUGAACUAACUUAUCAAUUAAAAAUGUUAAAGUGCCUAAACAAUGAUAGCAAAAUACAAAUGAGACUGAAUAUUAAACGGCAUCGACAAAAACUUCUUCAAUAUUUAGAGAAUAUUAAUGAUACUGUUUUAAAGCCUAAAAUCAAAUUAGUUUCAAAUGACUUAGAAAAAAAUAAUUUGAAUCAUAAUGUUAAACCAAAAAUUACAACUAGUGCUGAUUGGCAAAACCCUAAACAUAGAUCAACCAUUAAGUUUACAAACUAUAAGAAUAAAUCAAGAAUUCGUAUAAAAACAUAUGAACGUGUGAUAAAUACUAGACCAAAAAAUCAUGAAAUUUUAACAGAUAUUGACGUAAAAAAACACAACACCAGAUCAAGUCUUUCUAUGAAUCAACUUCAACCAAAUUUUAAAAUAAAUAUACAAGAAAAGCCUUUAUCAAAUUUUGAAUUUAUACCUGAACCUUUACCUCUACCUGAACUAAAAAUUGAAAUAAAAGACCCUGAUCCUGAACCAAACAUUGAAAUAAUAGACUCCCCAGAACCACCAAUCACUGUAAAAAAACUCAAAGAGCAAUUGCUUGAAGAGCUAUUUGAAGAUAGUUCAAGUUCUGAAGAAAUCGAGGAUAAUAUUUCUGUUGGAAGUAACGAAGAUUGGAAUGAAAUUUAUCAAACACAUAAUGAGAAUGAUGCAGAUGAAAAUGACAGCAGCAAUUCAAGUCUAAUAGAAUCAGUUAAAUAUGAUAGCCACAAACAACUGCCCAAUGAAAAAAGUGAMGAUUAUUUAUAUUYUAGCGGCAACAGUGAUAAUUCUGCAUUAGACAUCAACUACCCAACCACUAGUAAGGUAAAUCAAACUAGAAAAAGAAUUUUAUCAAGAUCUCAAUUUCAAAAUGAUAAGCCUAAACACAGGUUUAGAAAACCUCAAGACAGGGAUUUACACAAUGCCAAAGAACGAGCGUGCCGAGAACGCAUAGCCAAAAAGUUUGCUAUUUUGAGAAAAUCGUGUAGUUAUUUGAACUCCAAUAGACGUGUGCCAUCAAAACAUAGCAUACUUUUGGCUGCUAAAAAAGAGUGUGAUUUGUUAAAACAUUUUGAGAAGAAAAUGCUUGCAGAAAAAAAAGUAUGGCGUAAAGCAAAUGAAGAUCUGCGAAAAAGGAUAGCUGAUUAUAUAUCUAAAGACAGUAAAUUAGCAUAUUUAAUCUGAUUAUGCAUGACAAGCCAUGAAAAAUUGUGGUUAUAUUUGUUAAUACGUUAAUAAUGUAUAUUUCAUACUGCACAAUAUACCAACUUACCACUUUUUAAUUUUUGGUAGAUAGGUAUAUAAAUAAUAUGUAUAUUUAU